AUGUUGAAGAACAUUGGGGAGUUAAUAGGUAUUUUUAAUGUAGAGGAUUACAUUCCAUGGCUUAAAUGGAUCAAUACCGUUAACGGUUUGAAUACCAGAGUCGAGAAAUCGGCUAAAGUGUUAGAUGAUUUUUUAUCGGAUGUAGUUGAGGAGCACAGAAAUCGAAAACAAGGCAAGACACAGCACAAUGGCAGCAACAAUGAAGCUGGAGGACCAGAUCUUGUGGAUAUAUUGCUCGAAGUUCAGAGGGAAAACAAGGCUGGUUUCCCCAUCGGAACUGAUACCAUAAAAGCUGUCAUUUUUGAUAUGUUUGCUGCUGGGACGGACACGACAUCUACUGUUUUGGAGUGGGCAAUGGCAGAGCUUUUAAAGCACCCAAAAACCAUGGAAAAACUGCAGAAUGAGUUGGAACCCGAGUGUUAG